UCCCCAAAUUCAAUCUCUCCAUUAGGAUUGAUUGUUAGCCAUAUCCAAUUUCAUAUUUAACAUUUCUGAAAUAUUUCACUAUAUUCUCAACUUCUGCGCUUAUGAUUCUUUGUGGGUUUAUUGGACUUAUUAGCUUCCUCCACUGUUGUUGAACAUGCUUUCUUGAUUGCUUAUGAUUCUUUGUGGGUGUUGGAAUUAUUAGCUUUUAUUGUUCUUGAACAUGCUUUCUUGAUUAACCUCUGUUUAUGAUUCUUUGUGGGCAUUGGGCUUAUUAGCUUCUUCCACUGUUCUUGAACAUGCUUUCUUGACUGCUUAUGAUUCUUUGUGGGUGUUGGACUUGUUAGAUUUUCUUGUUCUUGAACAUGCUUUACUGACAGCUUAUGAUUCUUUGUGGGUGUUGGACUUAUUAGCUUCCAUUGUUCUUUAACAUGCUUUCUUGAUUAACUUCUGCUUAUGAUUCUUUGUGGGCAUUGGACUUAUUAGCUUCCAUUGUUCUUCAACAUGCUUUCUUGAUUAACGUUUUGGAUCUUUGAUAUUAUUGGUCAUGCUAUGUUUGAUUGUUCAUACUAUUGUUUUUACUUAUGAUUUCUCUUUUGGGUAUUUACUUAGCUUCCAUUGUUCUUGAACAUGCUUUCUUGAUUAACGUUUGGAUCUUUAAUAUACUAUUGGUCAUGCUAUGUUUGAUUGUUCAUACUAUUGUUUUUACUUAUGAUUUCUCUUUUGGGUAUUUACUUAGCUUCCAUUGUUCUUGAACAUGCUUUCUUGAUUAAUGUGCUGGAUCUUUAAUAUACUAUCAGUCAUGCUAUGUUUUGGUUGUUCAUACUAUUCUUUUUUGCUUAUUUCACAAAGUUAGAUUGCUGAUUGGAUUGGUUUUUCACUUUGUUCUAUGGAAAUUUAUGUUGAAUCUUGAGUUGGAAGAUGUCACAGACAAGCUUAAGUACUUGAAGAUUGUCUCUGCUCUUUCAACUCUUAAAAGCUCCUGGUGUGCAUAACCCGUCACCAAAGCAGACAGAAUUUCUCCAUUGCCGGCACAGAGAAAAUUGGAGAGAUGGCUCUUUCAAGAGCUCUCAAUUUCUGCAGGAGCUUUUCUACAGUUUCUUCCGAACCAUUACGUGUUUGCAUCGUGGGGAGCGGGCCUGCUGGGUUCUAUACUGCCGAUAAGAUUUUGAAAGCUCACGAGGGAGCUGAAGUUGAUAUAGUUGAUCGGUUACCUACGCCAUUUGGAUUAGUCAGGUCUGGAGUGGCUCCUGAUCAUCCUGAAACAAAGGUUGUGACGAACCAGUUUUCUCGGGUUGCUCAAAAUAGACGUUGCUCGUUCAUUGGGAAUGUUUCUCUUGGAGCAUCUAUAUCUUUGGCUGAGCUGCGUGAAUUAUAUGAUGCGGUGGUGCUUUCUUAUGGAGCUGAAAGUGAUCAAGCUCUAGGAAUACCCAGAGAAGAUCUGUCUGGCAUAUACGCUGCCAGAGAAUUUGUUUGGUGGUAUAAUGGCCAUCCAGACUGCCGAAAUCUGGCACCAGAUUUGAAGAGCUCCGAUACUGCUGUUAUUAUUGGUCAGGGAAAUGUAGCUCUUGAUGUGGCGCGGAUCCUUUUACGACCAACUAGUGAAUUGGCAACAACUGAUAUCUCCUGCCAUGCUUUGGCAGCUUUAAGCGAGAGCUCCAUUAGAAAAGUGUAUUUGGUUGGAAGACGUGGAGCAGCACAAGCAGCCUUCACGGCAAAAGAACUGCGUGAAGUUCUACGUAUCAAGGACCUAUCCGUUGGAAUUCGGCAAGCGGAUUUAAGUAAAACCCCAGUAGAUGAGGAAGAACUAAAGAAUAACCGGAUUAAAAGGAGAAUUCAUGAACUGCUCUCUAAGGCAGCCACUCCUGCAACUUCCGAAUGCAAUCCAGGUCAAAAAGAACUGCACUUUGUUUUCUUCAGGAAACCAGACAGGUUCCUGGAAUCAGAUUGUAGAAGUGGUCAUGUUGGUGGUUUGCGGAUGGAGAGGACAAUUCUUAAAGAAGAUGUUGGAUCUGGGAAACAAAUUGCUGUUGGUACUGGACUUUUUGAAGAAAUGGAAUGCGGGCUGGUAUUGAAGAGUGUUGGUUACAAGUCGAUACCUGUUGCUGGCUUGCCUUUUGAUCACCGUAAAGGACCUGCUAUUCCAGGUAUUGUUCCAAAUGUUCAGGGACGUGUUUUAAGUGAAGCUUCUGAAGAUGCACUAGUCGAGAAAGGCUUGUAUGUAUGUGGGUGGUUGAAGAGAGGACCAACUGGGAUAAUUGCUACAAAUCUUUACUGUGCUGAAGAAACUGUCGCUAGCAUAUCAGAAGAUGUUGAGAGAGGAGUGGUAACAUCAAGAUCUGGCCUAUCUAAGUCCGGAAGGGAGGGCCUCCUCCAAUUGCUAGAUAGCAGGAAUGUCAAAAUUGUUCCAUUUGGUGGCUGGGAAAAGAUAGAGAGUGAAGAGAAAAGAAGAGGUAGUCUGAAAAACAAACCCAGGGAAAAGCUUACCUCUUGGGAGGAUUUAUUAGAAGUUGCCACCAAGUGAUAAAAGUGUCUCCAAGAUGGCAGAUUUUGCUUACAUCUGUGGUUUUAUGGUAAAGCCCGAACUCUAUAACUCUUUCAGAUGUGUGCAUUGCUUUUAGCCCUCGGCAUUUAAGAGAAUUUGCUGUGCAUUCUUUCUUAGAAAAGAUGAUAAAUAAUCGGUUAGCUCUGUUUUGAGCUCUUCACGUCCUGGAACCUUUUUCUGACAUGGUUGAGGCAGGGACUAGUGUUGUGCUUUGUAAUACAGCCACCAUCACUAAAGGCUCAGCUUAUGCAUUGAUUCCUCCAAUUUUUGGUAGUUAGUUGAAUUAGAUGAAGUGCAGUGCACACUAAAGCAAUUUAUGGGCAAUCGCCACACUGAGAAAUCAAAGUACUUUAGUUAUAUAAUCAUCUUUUGGGCUGACUGUUCAACAUGAAAA